AUGUCCAUCAACACUGAGGGGUUUUCAACAGCGAAACAACAACUCAUUGGAAAGCUCUGCAAAGAGAACGACUGUGUAGCAUUAUGUCUACAAGAGACCCACAGAGGCCACCAACACAUUCGACCGAGGAUUCCUGGAAUGAAGUUGGCUAUAGAGAGACCACAUGAGAAAUAUGGAAGUGCUAUCUUUGUUAGGAAAGAUGUGAUCAUCGAUCAGACCUCACUGACUGAAGAGGAUAACAUAGAAGUCCUUGCUGUCAACAUGGGGAAACUAUCAGUCACUUCUGUUUAUAAACCACCGGGAUCUACAUUUGCCUUUACUGAACCUCAAUCUUUCGACUAUGACCUUGUUAAUGUUAUUAUUGGAGAUUUUAACAGCCAUAGCACCUCGUGGGGAUACGAAGAAACAAAUGAGGAUGGUGACCUUGCUGAGGCCUGGGCAGAAGCACAUCAUCUUGACCUAAUCCAUGAUGCUAAGCUCCCCCAUUCCUUCAAUAGCUGUCGAUGGAAGAAAGCUGACUGGGAGAAGUUCGCCAUCGAUCUAGAUGAAGCUUUAUCUGAUCUUGACCCAGUCCCGGCAAACUACGACCAAUUCGUCCGGACUGUACAGGAGAUAUCCAGGAAGCACAUUCCACGUGGAUGUAGGGAAAACUACAUACCUGGAUUAUCAGCUGAAAGUGCCUUGAUGUACAAGGAGUAUAUAAAACUCUACGAGGAAGACCCCUUUUCAGAGGAAACCUUGAGUGCAGGUGAGCUCCUCAUGGCAGCAAUAUCAGAGGAACGGAGGAAGUCUUGGCAAGAUCUCAUUGAGGGUGUUGAUAUGACGCACAACAGUAAGAGAGCUUGGUCCACCAUUAAGAAAAUCAGUAACGAUCCCAAGAAGUCUACACCCCAUUCUAAUUUUACUGCAGAUCAGGUUGCCCACCAACUUCUCCUGAAUGGCAAAUCGGCACACAAGAAACGCCACAAAAGGAAUCCUUGGCCACAGGUUGACACAGAAUCUACCUGGUACUUUAACAACUUGGAACUCCAGACGGCUAUCGACUCCCUUAAGAAUGGCAAGGCAGCUGGUCUUGAUGACAUACGUACAGAACAGAUCAAACAUUUUGGGCACAAUACAAAGGAGUGGCUGCUCUCUCUGUUCGACAACUGCGUAACCCUCUCCCAGCUUCCUAAAAUCUGGCGGAAAGCCCGUGUGAUUGCUAUCCUCAAGCCAGGGAAAGACCCUAACGAAGCAAAGAGCUACAGACCAAUCUCCCUGUUGUGCCACCUCUUCAAGCUCUUUGAGCGCCUCAUCCUGAACAGACUGGGGCCAGUCACAGAACAACACCUGAUACCAGAGCAAGCAGGUUUCCGGCCUGGAAGAUCGUGCACUGGCCAAGUGCUAAAUCUAACCCAGCACAUCGAGGAUGGUUUCGAGAAGAAUGAACCGACUGGAGUUGUGUUCGUCGACCUGACAGCUGCCUACGACACUGUUAACCACCGUAUACUUCUCGACAAGCUCUAUACCAUGACAAAGGACUCCCAUCUGACUAAGCUUAUACAAAUGCUCCUGGAAAAUAGACGCUUUUAUGUUGAGCUCAACGGGAAGCGCAGCAGAUGGAGGAAACAAAAGAAUGGUCUACCUCAGGGCAGCGUACUUGCUCCUGUCCUAUUUAAUGUUUACACCAACGACCAGCCAGUGUACCCAGGGACAAGAAGCUUCAUCUAUGCUGAUGACCUUGGCAUAGCAGCCCAGAAUUCCCACAUAGACAAGAUAGAAGCCACUCUUUCAUCAGCCCUAGACAACCUGACAGACUACUACAACAACAACCAUCUGAAGGCUAACCCUGCCAAGACCCAGGUUAGCUUGUUCCAUCUCCGCAACUACAAUGCUGGGAGGAAGCUGUCCCUGAAAUGGAACGAUGUCUCAUUGAAACACUGCGAUCACCCUGUCUACCUUGGAAUCACUCUUGACCGAACCCUUUCAUACAAACAGCAUGUUCAAAAGGUGAAGGGUAAAGUUGGGACAAGGAACAACCUCCUACGGAAACUGGCAAACUCAUCUUGGGGUGCCAAUUCCUCCACGCUGAGAUCAACUGCUCUUGCGUUGUGUUACUCUGCAGCAGAAUAUGCCUGCCCUGUAUGGGGAAGAUCAUCCCAUACAAAGAAAGUUGAUGCAGCACUCAACGACAGCUGCAGAUGCAUCACUGGCUGCCUCAAGCCCACGAAUGUGGACAGCUUGCACUCCCUGGCCGGCAUUGCUCCAUCCGAUGUCCGCAGAACAGUUGCAAGUAGGACUGAACGCAGCAGACAAGUUGAGGACACCCGCCAUCCCCUUUACUCGCAUCAACCGGCCCCUACCCGCCUGAAGUCAAGGAAAAGCUUCCUUCAUACAGUCCAGCCACUGUCACAACCUCCUCAUUCAACCAGAGUGAUCUUGUGGGAAGAGAAACGUCGUGAAAACCACCACCAUGAAAAGCUACCAAUCCCGACCGAGGAACAGCUGCCCCCUGGCCAUAGAUGUGAUUGGAAGACGUGGAAGUCCCUCAAUAGGCUUCGCACAGGGGUGGGGCGAUGUAAAUACAACAUGAAUAAAUGGGGAUAUACUGACGACACAGACACCAACUGCGAGUGUGGAACAUCCGUCCAAUCCAUGUCACACCUAUUAAGAUGUCCAUUCCUAAUUGACCAAUGCUGCCUGGAAGACCUGGUGGCAGCAAAUGAGAAGGCUCUUCAGUGUGCCAAGGCCUGGCAGACUCUUGUGGCAGCUCUAGGGUGGGACACGCUUCACACACGUCGAAUCCUCGACCAAUAUGCACCCUUCUCUAAUCUCUACAAGAUCCAUCACCGACUUGUCUCCAUACCUGCACCAACUAUUGUUAUCCCUGCUACAUACUUCGGAAGACAUGACCACAACCUGAAGUAUGUAAUUCCUGUUGCAACUAUCGACUCCUUCAAGUUCUCAUACUACCCAAGACCAAUAAGGAUCUGGAACCAUCUGCCAGGCUCAGCAGUCAAUGCAAGAGGAAUAACCAACUUCAAGGAGGCUGCUCUACCCUCCAUCAGAAUGAUGCAGCCCCCUGUUGGUUCUCACAUCGUAUAA